GUUUUUUUUUUUAUUUUAAAUUUUGUUCUUUUACAUUUUUUAAUAAAUUAUGUUUUGUAAUUUUAUUUUAUUUUUUAUUUGCCAAGAUUGCUAGUUGCUAGUUGCUAGUUAGAUUGGAAGGGAAAAAAGUCGGAACCACCGGGAGAGGGGGGCUUCACACAAAGAAUUGCGCGGUUGCAGCGGUCAACGCCCGGAUUCCGAAGUCUAUACCAACCACAAGAGGCGGAGAGAGAGUUUUGGCCUUAGCAAGAAGGAUAACGCCAUUUGUUUUUGGUUUGGAGUACGUCAUAGAUUGGGAAUCAAUCAACUGGGCUUUGAGAUGGUGAAGGAGACCGAAUACUACGACGUGCUGGGUGUCAGUCCUACGGCUUCCGAAGCCGAGAUUAAGAAGGCUUAUUACAUGAAGGCAAGGCAAGUGCAUCCAGAUAAAAACCCAAAUGAUCCUCUUGCUGCGCAAAAUUUUCAGGUUUUAGGUGAGGCUUACCAAGUUCUGAGUGACCCAGCUCAAAGGCAAGCUUAUGAUGCUCAUGGAAAAUCAGGAAUUUCAACUGAAGGAAUUAUUGAUCCUGCAGCAAUCUUUGCCAUGCUAUUUGGUAGUGAGCUUUUUGAGGAAUAUAUAGGCCAAUUAGCCAUGGCAUCAAUGGCUUCAAUGGACAUUUUUACUGAAGGGGAGCAAUUUGAUACUAAAAAGUUGCAAGAGAAAAUGAGGGUUGUUCAGAAGGAGAGAGAAGAAAAGCUUGCGGAGAUACUGAAAAAUAGGCUGAACCAAUAUGUCCAAGGAAACAAAGAGGAGUUUGUUAAUCAUGCAGAAGCUGAAGUGGCCUGGCUUUCCAAUGCAGCUUAUGGGGUUGAUAUGUUGAAUACCAUUGGCUACAUAUACGCAAGGCAGGCAGCAAAAGAGCUAGGCAAGAAAGCAAUUUAUUUGGGUGUGCCUUUUAUUGCUGAGUGGUUUAGAAACAAAGGGCACUCUAUUAAAUCUCAAGUUACAGCAGCAACAGGGGCAAUUGCUUUAAUCCAACUGCAGGAGGAUAUGAAAAAACAACUCAGCUCAGAAGGGGACUAUACUGAAGAAGAGCUUGAAGAAUACAUGCAAUCUCACAAGAAAUUAAUGAUUGACUCUUUGUGGAAGCUCAAUGUGGCGGACAUUGAAGCCACUCUUUCCCGCGUCUGUCAAAUGGUUCUUCAAGACAACAGUGCCAGGAAAGAGGAACUCCGUGCUCGAGCUAAAGGGUUGAAAACUCUUGGUAAAAUCUUCCAGAGGGUUAAGUCAGCCAAUGGUAACGAGAAUGAAAGCAUACCAAAUAAGGAAGUACACAAGUUGAAUGGAAGUGAAACUAGCAACGAUGCUUGUUCUCCUAGUACAUCACCCAAAUCUUCAAGUCCUGAUUUUUCAACUCAUGCUGUAUUUGUAUCCCAGAGUCCCUAUGUGGAGGCCCCGCAGUUUGCUGGAAUGCAAUUUGACUAUAACUUUCCUAGGCCAACCGCCCCCCCAGGUGCCCAGAGACCUACUCCAACCAGCAAGGAUCGAGUUUGAUAUCCCGGGUGUAGUUUUUUUUUUUUUUUUUUUUUGCUUGAUGGAGGGGGGUUAUUGUAUGUAUUGCUCGUAUGGUAUCUUGUCAAAUGUGCUUGUGCAAUAGAUGUUUGCUGGUAAUCGCAUUUUGUCCGCAGGGACCGCAUUGUGCAGUGUGGUUUUGCAUGUGUAAUAAUUCUACACAUAGACGAGGGAUAGAUAAUUUAAGGUAGUUUCAUCAUUGCCAGCUGGCCGUGAUUGGCUGCCAUGUAUUUGAAUUGUGUAUUUUCUUGGGGUGUUUGCAUUUAGGUUUCAUUUCCUUUUCCGUGUUUCUUUUUUCUUAAGAGGUAGUGCGAUGUCCGGAUUCAUGUAUAAUAACUCAAUUUAAUGGAUAUAAAUAUAUAUAGAUUAGAAA